AGGGAGAGGGAGUGUCACAUGGCAUGUGAGCAACAGCUGUGUCCACUCUUCCACUUGAUAAAUACCCAUCUUACCUUGCUUACUAGGACUUUUGACUCUCUUUCAUUUUGAAUCCGACUUUCUCUCUCAACAGAGCUACCUUGAGUGGUCUCUCAUGGCAGAGCUCACACCCUAAACCAAGAGAGAUCAAAUCAAAUAAAAAACAACAAACAAACAACAACCAACAACCAUCCUCACUUGGCACUUGCAUAGGAAAAUGAAAGCCCUGUACAGAAGCUCUCUCUUGGUCCUCCUCUCUUUGGCCAUCUUCUUCACUUUGAUAGGCGCUGCUUCCAGAGACCCCACUCCGCAACUCAUAAGCUUCAAGAACUCUCUACCCAACCCGACCCUGCUCCCCAACUGGCUCCCAAACCAAAACCCCUGUACCUUCACCCGAAUCACCUGCAACCAGACCCACCUCACUUCCAUAGACCUCACCUCCAUCCCACUCAGCACCGACCUCACCGUCGUAGCAACCUACCUCCUCACCCUCGACCACCUCCAGUUCAUCUCCCUCAAAUCCACCAACCUAACCGGUUCGGUUUCCCUCCCUCCCUCCCAUUCCAAGUGCGCCUCCUCAUUGUCCGCCAUAGAUCUGUCGCAAAACGCACUCUCCGGUUCCCUCUCCGACAUGUCAUUUUUCUCCUCAUGCUCAAACCUCCAAUCGCUCAACCUCUCCAACAACCUCCUCCAGUUCGACUCAGCGCGCUGGAAGCUCAACCUCCGCGUGGCGGAUUUCUCCUACAACAAGAUUUCAGGGCCGGCACUCAUCCCGUGGCUCCUCAACCCCGACCUCAACCACCUGGCGCUGAAAGGAAACAAAAUCUCCGGCGAAAGCGACUUCUCCGCUGCCGCUUCUCUUCAGUACUUGGACCUCUCCUCCAACAACUUCUCCGUGCCGAUUCCUUCCUUCGGUGACUGUUCCUCCCUCCAGUAUCUAGACCUUUCCGCCAACAAAUACUUCGGCGACAUUGCUCACACUCUCUCCGCUUGUAACCGCCUCCUCUACCUCAACGUCUCCAGCAACCAGUUCUCCGGUCCGCUUCCCUCCCUCCCCUCCGGUUCCCUCCAGUUCGUGUACCUCGCCGCCAACCACUUCCACGGCCAGAUUCCCUCCGCGCUCGCCGACCUCUGCUCCACUCUAGUUCAGCUGGAUCUCUCCUCCAACAACCUCACCGGCUUAGUCCCCGGCGCGUUCGGCGCGUGUGCUUCUCUCGAAUCCUUCGACAUCUCCAGCAACCUCUUCGGCGGCGCCUUGCCCAUGGAGGUGUUGAUGAAAAUGAGCAGCCUGAAGGAGCUGGCGGUGGCGUUCAACACCUUCACCGGUCCUCUCCCGGAGACUCUCUCGAAGCUGGCGUCUCUGGAGUCCCUGGAUCUGAGCUCCAACAACUUCACUGGGCCUAUAACGGCAACUCUCUGCGGAGACGGUGAGAGUAAUCUGAAGGAGCUUUUCCUGCAGAAUAACCGUUUCACGGGUUUUAUUCCGCCCUCCCUCAGCAACUGCUCCAACCUCGUUGCCUUGGACUUGAGCUUCAACUUCCUCAGUGGGACUAUCCCUGCGAGCCUGGGCUCGCUCUCCAAGCUUCGAGACCUAAUCAUCUGGCUGAACCAGCUCCACGGCGAGAUUCCUCGGGAGCUUAUGUAUUUGAACAACCUCGAGAACCUGAUUCUGGAUUUCAACGAGUUGACAGGGAACAUUCCCUCUGGACUAGUUAACUGCACCAAGCUCAAUUGGAUCUCCCUCUCCAACAACAGGCUCACCGGCCAGAUUCCUCCCUGGAUUGGGAAGCUUUCCAAUCUCGCCAUACUCAAGCUCAGCAAUAACUCUUUAUCCGGCCGGAUUCCGCCGGAGCUUGGUGACUGCACUAGCUUGAUAUGGCUGGAUCUGAACACCAAUUCCCUCACCGGCUCGAUUCCGCCGGAGCUCUUCAAGCAGUCCGGGAAGAUCGCGGUGAAUUUCAUCAGCGGGAAGACGUAUGUUUACAUAAAGAAUGAUGGGAGUAAGGAGUGUCACGGAGCGGGGAACUUGCUGGAGUUUGCGGGGAUCAGUCAGCAGCAGCUGAACAGGAUUUCGACUAGGAACCCUUGCAAUUUCACUAGGGUUUAUGGAGGUAAGGUGCAGCCAACGUUUAACCAUAAUGGUUCUAUGAUAUUUUUGGAUAUCUCGCACAACAUGUUGUCAGGGAGUAUUCCUAAGGAAAUCGGGGCCAUGUACUAUUUGUACGUUCUCAAUUUGGGCCACAACAAUGUGUCCGGGAGCAUUCCUCAGGAGCUUGGCAAGAUGAAGAAUCUCAACAUACUUGAUCUCUCUAAUAAUAGACUCGCGGGGCAGAUUCCCGAGAGCCUCACGGGGCUUUCUUUGCUCACUGAGAUUAAUUUGUCAAACAACUUACUUUCGGGCCAGAUUCCUGAAUCGGGUCAAUUGGAUACUUUACCUGUGGCUGGGUUUCAGAACAACUCUGGUCUCUGUGGAGUUCCUCUGAGCCUGUGUGGAUCGGAUUCGGUAAACAGUGGAAGUGGCCAACAUUUGAAGUCUCAUAGGAGGCAGGCUUCUCUGGCGGGGAGUGUGGCCAUGGGGUUGCUCUUUUCCCUAUUCUGUAUCUUUGGUUUGAUCAUAAUUGCCAUUGAGACCAGAAAGAGGAGGAAGAAGAAGGAGGCUGCUCUUGAGGCUUAUGUUGAUGGUAAUUCGCAUUCGGGUCCUGCCAAUGUGAGCUGGAAGCACACCAGUAACCGGGAAGCGCUUAGCAUAAACCUUGCAACGUUUGAGAAGCCCCUUCGGAAACUCACGUUCGCGGACCUUCUGGACGCUACCAAUGGCUUUCACAACGACAGUCUCAUUGGCUCUGGCGGGUUCGGGGACGUGUACAAGGCUCAGUUGAAGGACGGAAGUGUUGUGGCCAUCAAGAAGCUGAUCCAUGUCAGCGGACAAGGGGACAGGGAAUUCACCGCUGAAAUGGAAACUAUUGGGAAAAUCAAGCACAGGAACCUUGUUCCCCUGCUGGGAUACUGUAAGGUUGGGGAAGAGAGGCUCCUGGUUUAUGAGUACAUGAAGUAUGGAAGCUUGGAGGAUGUUCUGCAUGACCAGAAGAAAGCUGGGAUCAGGUUGAACUGGGCUGUGAGGAGGAAAAUUGCGAUUGGGGCUGCGAGGGGUUUGUCUUUUCUUCACCACAACUGUAACCCGCACAUCAUUCACAGAGAUAUGAAGUCGAGCAAUGUGUUGCUUGAUGAAAACCUGGAGGCCAGGGUGUCUGAUUUUGGAAUGGCUAGGCACAUGAGUGCUAUGGAUACACAUUUGAGUGUGAGCACACUUGCGGGCACCCCCGGGUACGUUCCUCCGGAGUAUUAUCAGAGUUUCAGAUGCUCCACCAAAGGUGAUGUCUACAGUUACGGUGUGGUUUUGUUGGAGCUUCUAACUGGGAAGAGGCCAACGGACUCGUCUGAUUUUGGAGACAAUAAUCUUGUAGGAUGGGUUAAACAACAUGCUAAGAUGAAAAUAAGUGAUAUUUUUGACCCGGAGCUCAUGAAGGAAGACCCCAAUCUGGAGGUUGAGCUUUUGCAGCACCUCAAGGUUGCUUGUUCUUGUUUGGAUGAUAGGCCAUGGCGGCGUCCAACCAUGAUUCAAGUGAUGGCAAUGUUCAAGGAGAUUCAGGCGGGAUCCGGGAUUGAUUCUCAGUCAACCAUAACCAACGAAGAGGAUAGUUUCAAUGCGGUUGAGAUGGUGGAGAUGAGCAUUAAAGAAGUCCCAGAAUUGAGCAAGCAUUAGGCAAAAAAUUCCGGAAGUGUCAAAGUGGAUUCAUCGGGAAACAAACAAGAAGAGAGGAGGAGAUGACGGAUUCAGCUCCCCCAAAAGUUUUUUUUCCUUCUUCUUUGCCGCUUCAAAUUAAUUAUUUCAGACAUAAGGGGAAACGGUUGAAAGGGGAAUGAAUGCUUUUGAUGUAUGUAGUCUUGUUAUUUUUAUACAUAAAAAAGUUGUUUAACUUGUAUAUAAACAGCUUCAGUUGUUACCCACCUGUGUUUUCCUAGAAUUUUCAAAGUACUUUCUCAUUCA